AGAAACAUUGCGAGGGGGAGGAGCCCUUGGUCCGUUAGCUUUUGAUCUAGCAGCUUGGAGCCCCACCUCGGCUGAGGGAGAGAAUCUCACUGAGGAUUUAGUGUUGGGACCUUCAGACUGAACUCUGAGCUCUCGGGACUUUUCUCCUCUGGGAUUCAAUUUACGGGAAUAUUCCCUCAGAGUCUCCAAGACUUGACUACUUGCUGGAGCCUUUCUGCUUCCUGAAGAUUUCCAAGUGAGCGAGUAAUAUGAGGAAGCCUUUUAAUGGGCUGGAUCCUGGAAUCAGACUUCAGGGCUUCCAUUGUGUUUAGACCAGGAAGCAGCAUGCGAACAAAUUGGUGAGUGUCGAGGCCUGUCAAAACCCCGCCCUCAUAGCAACCAUCUACACCUACCCAGCUUUGGGGGGGAUUCCAUAAACUUCCUGCUUUGCCUGACAACCUGCGCCAAGCACCAUGGAAUUCCUGCUUCCCAUAAGAAGAAGUCGAGACAGGAUGGCUUCCCCUGGCUCCGAGCCUCUUCUGGACCCUCCCAGCAGCUGCACCAGGCACCAAUACCAUUGCGUCAAAAGAAAGCUGCGACCCGGACGAAUUCUUGGCUUCAUCAUCAGUAUGGUGGCAGUCUGCACAUUCUGUUCAUGGAGUGCCUUGUCGAUGGCCACAACGGUGGCUAAGGAGCUAGAAUCGUCCGCUGAGGGCUCAGCAGAGGUGGCAGGGCCCCAAAGAACUCUUCUUCAGUACCAAAACCAAACAGCCGAGCCAGUGGACACACCGGUGGCCAUGCGAACAUCUGCCGAGGAUAUGAAUCACGGGGACUACCCAACGGACUACUUCAGCGUGGAGGACAGACGUCAGGGCUAUGUGGCUUUACAUAUGCUUGGCAUGUUGUACAUGUUUAUAGCCUUAGCCCUUGUCUGUGAUGAGUUCUUUGUUCCAGCGCUCACUGUCAUCACAGAGAAGCUGCAGAUAUCAGAUGAUGUUGCAGGCGCCACCUUCAUGGCGGCAGGUGGCUCAGCUCCAGAGCUCUUUACUUCUGUCAUAGGAGUCUUUGUCUCCCACAGUAACGUGGGUAUUGGUACCAUUGUGGGCUCCGCCGUCUUUAACAUCCUGUUUGUAAUCGGGAUGUGUGCCCUGUUCUCCAAAGAGGUGCUGCACCUCACCUGGUGGCCCCUGUUUAGAGACGUCUCGUUCUAUAUCAUUGGCUUGCUCAUGCUCAUCUACUUCUUUCUGGAUAAUCAAAUCACAGUGGGGGAAAGUAUCAGCCUGCUGAUGUGCUACAGCUGCUAUGUGACAUUCAUGAAGUUCAAUGCCAAAGUAGAACUUAUCAUCAAGACUUUCCUGGGCAGCAACCAGGUGGAUGAGCUUGAGACUGCACCAAAGUUGGAGGCAGAUGUGUUGCUCUCUGAUGUUGUAAUCACAUACGGCUCUCAGGUGAAUGUACCUGCAGAUGAUGAGAACAAGUUGAUGGCCAAACCGAGGCUGCAGAGGGAGGGAAGCUGUGCUUCUUUACACAACUCACUGAUGAGGAACAGUAUAUUUCAGCUCAUGAUACACACACUCGACCCUCUCAGUGACGAAGGUAUGGCAGACCAAGCUGGACUGACUGAGUCUCCUUCCAUUGAAUUAGGGCAUUUCAAAGAGAAAGCAUCAAUCCUUCACAAAAUGGCUAAGCAGAAGUGUAAAGAAGAUGCUGUCACUGCCAACGGUGUAGCGGAUAAAAACAUCCCAAACAGUUCAAACGUCGCAGUGGAAGUCACACCGCCCAUGAACGGUGUCGCAGGAGGAGAAGAAGACGGUGGUGAAGAUGAUGAUGAUGAUGAUGAUGAACAGCCUCUGAGCAUGGCCUGGCCCGACACCAACAGGAAACGCAUUACCUACCUCCUCAUCCUGCCCAUCAUCCUGCCACUGUGGCUCACACUGCCCGACGUCAGGAGAGAGACCUCAGCCAAAUUCUUCCCUGUCACUUUCAUUGGUGCCAUUUCUUGGAUUGCUUUCUUCUCCUACCUGAUGGUGUGGUGGGCUCACCAGGUUGGAGAAACGUUCUGGAUUACGGAGGAGAUAAUGGGUCUGACUAUACUAGCAGCUGGCACUUCAAUCCCGGACCUGAUCACCAGUGUGAUUGUGGCGCGAAAAGGCCUGGGUGACAUGGCCGUGUCCAGCUCUGUGGGCUCCAACAUCUUUGAUAUCACUGUGGGUCUGCCAUUCCCCUGGCUCAUCUACAACAUCAUCAACGACUUCAAAGCAGUCCAGGUGAGCAGCAACGGACUGUUCUGCGCCAUUGUCCUACUCUUCCUCAUGCUCCUCUUUGUCAUCAUCUCCAUCGCGGUUUGCAAAUGGAAAAUGAGCAAGCUUCUGGGCCUUCUCAUGUUCCUGCUGUACUUCGUGUUCCUGGUCCUCAGCGUCAUGCUGGAGGACAAAAUCAUCACUUGCCCCAUCUCCAUCUGAGAAAAAAACGACUUCCACUGAACGCUAGAGAGCUGAAAUUAAGAGCGAAGGGGUUCAAGUGUACCCUGAUUUACUAUCGGAGAUGAAAGACGCACAGACACAAACUGUCUAUCUGUCUCACAUCAAUAGUUGAAGACACACUCACACAUCCAAACACAUGCAAGUUAGGCAGGGGUACUGACAUCAACGCUGCAAAUUCACACCGGUGCAUCACAGCCAUCCAGCAGUGGCGUACAGUACGAGCCUGUACAUCAUUGACAAACUUUAUGCCGCCCAGUAUGAGGGACUCGUCUCUGUUUGUACCAUGUGACUUUAUUCAGCUUCCAUUUUUUGGUUGAACCUGAUGAACACAUUAUGUGAAUGCCACCUGGGAUGGGGAUUUAAGAUUACCGGAGUUUUGGUUUUUUUUUCAAAUAAAGGACCAUGUUGCAGUAUAAAAACUACCUUCGCUUCUCAUGCAACCAGCCAAGCAAUGCAGAUGAACUGUUUAUGCGGGAGCUUAUAGAAACUAUUUGGGUUUUUUUUUGUUUCGACGGGGAACAAAGCUCUGGAGAGAUCCUGUUUGUCAUGGGGAAAACUAAGAAGAAAUCAAAAGGCAAAUCAUAAGUGUGAUAGUUGCUUGAAUAUAUAAACCUUUAGAUUUUAAUUGUGUUCAUUUCACCUCCUGUAUGACUUUGCAAUGUGAUUGGGAGAGAUACUCAGUGUUUAUGUAAUGAGUCUGUUUAAACACAGUAUAUUUGAGGAAAUAUUUGGCAUAAACGCUUACAUUACAUCCCAGUCAUGAAACUCUAUAAAAGGUCAAAUUACAUUGCGUGGACCAAUUAUGCUCAAUAUAUCAUAUUAAGUAUUUUAUCAUCUGAAUUUUUCUGUUCUGUUUGCCUUUACAUGCAUCACUUUAGACAGAGAUUGCUUCGGUAUCCUGACUAAAACAGGAGGAUUUUGCGCAUUGGAUAUGUAACAGGUCUGGGAGUCACAUUUACCAGUAGAUGAUGCAGUGUGGAAAACAAGUGUUGGACUAAAGAUCAUUGUUCCUCAUUUUAUUUUACUUGAUGAACGCAAAAGUAUUGUUCUCUUUUUUUUCCUUCGAAUCAUGUAUUUGUAAAAAUGCGUGUUUAAUCAUCAGGUAUCACUGGGUUUCUCCUGUAUUGGUUUGAUGUAAAACAACACAUGUACUGUAUAAUAUAUUGUGCCGCUAUGUUCACAUAGCAUGAACAUGUGUUCAGUGUGUCUCAUAAAGGCUGAAAUCUUUUUAUUUUAUCUAACCAUUAUAAGAAAUAUCAAGUAGGCAUAUCUUAUGUAAAACAAAACAUGUUGCAAAGAUUCAGUUUGUGACAUUAAGAAUUGUGGCUAUUUUGUUUUCAACUACUCCCUCUUUAUUAGAUUUAAGGUGAGUAAACAGCAAAUGCUGUGGUGAUAUGAUGACAUAGGCAUCUUUCAAUUCAAAUGUUUCCCUCAACUACUAAUGCAAUAAUCUACUGAUCCAAAUAUACUGAAAAGGUUACAAAAAAAUUCAACAUUUAAAGAAUAUCAGAUUGAAAUAUGUCUAUUAUUCAAAGCAUCUGCUUCCAUAACCUCUUUUCUCUCUAUUGUGAAAUUGAGGUGGAUUGUUUAUGAGGUUAUAAUUUUUUCUUAAUUUUUAACAGGUAAGGAAACAUUCUCAAUGACCUUAGGCAGUAAUAUUACUGACCAAUUUAAGGCCUCAUUGUCAAACAAAUGUGCUAUCAACGUUGCCCAAAUCAGUGGAACCACUUGCCGUCCUAAAGGCAGAAAAAUACAUCUUUGUUUUUCUAAUGUUGUCUGCUUUCUUUGCCUCAUAUGUGAAUGUAAGCAAUAUAUUAUAUGUUACUCUCCCAGCAAUGUCCAACAUGUUCCAUGAGUCUUGGAGUUGAUAAUCAAUAAUGGUACUGUAGUCAUCUCUGAACAACAUCCUGCUCUGCUUUUUAUUUUUCGUUGCAAUGUUAAAAAAGUUCAGGUGUUAAAAGUACAACCUCUUAUCAACAAAUUACUUCUUUUUAAAUGAAUGGAUCUCAAGGGUUAAAAUGAAUCUUUGUGUCAGUGUUAACCAAAAUCAAUUAUUUUAAUUGUGUAUUUUCACAAGUUGACUAUUUCUUUUUCAAAUGAAAAUCAAAUUCUAAAUGAAAUUUCUUCAAAACAUUCUGCAUAAAAAUGUGUUUUUUUGCAUUUAUGUGUAUAAAGGAUUUGUAAACUGUAAUUUAAGACUGUAUAUAUCCUGUGUUUAACCAUAGUCAACAAAAUAGUUUAACCCCAACAAAUCUCCUAUUAUCAGACUCCACACUUAGUAUUUCCCUUGCUUUGAUGGAGCUUGUGAAUUUGAGGAACGAGUGUAUGAAUGAUUGCAAUUAGAAAUAUCUAAAAUAAAUAAUCCUUGACCCGUUUGAAUACCAUGACAAAUGGUAAAAUGCUUUUGUAUUUCAGUGUACGAUAUGCAAGUAUGGAAAACAUUCAUGUACUACUUGAAUUGUGUAUUAUAGGCCUACUGUAAACAAAACAUAUGUCAAUCAACUCUGUAUAAAGUGUUAUAUGAUCAAAUAAAUGAAACCUCAAAUUUU